AACGAGAGCAUUAUCCCCAGAAGAAGAGUGGAAUAACAGAACUUGUUGGAAAGGGCAAACAUUCACUUUCUUCUCGACUGGGGAGUUUGACAUGCGAAGGAAUGUAACUUGUUUUUCAGUGAUAUUUAUGAGGCAGAAUUAGCGUCAUUUUGCACACGGCCUGAUGGUGUCCUACAAGCGUCUGAGCCCAGAGGAGGUGCACUUCUCUGGGUGUGCUUCGCUGGACGAGCCCCUGGCUGCGGUGGCGGAGGUGGAAGAGAAGGAGGCCGAUGUGGACGAUGUGGACGUGGAGGCUGAGCAAGAGCGCCCCCUGCUGUUGGGCGUGCUGCCCUGCUCCAUCACCGGCGCCCUCCUCACGCUCGGCGGCCUGGUGCUGGCCGUCUGUGCCGUCUGGUUGCUAGGCACCAUCGUCUGGCUGCGGAGUCCGGUGGGCACCCAGGGGCCACACAGACCCCCAGCACCGGCACCGGCCCGACAGGACGGCUGCAGCAGCACAGCUGCAGAGUGGAGGUUUGACUGCUACCCUGAGAGAGAUGUGGUGGUAACACAGGCCAUGUGUGAGAGUCGUAACUGCUGCUUCAUCCCCGUGGCAACGGCCUCCGGUAACCCCGGCAACGGCGUGCCCUGGUGCUUCUACCCGCCGGACUACCCCUCCUACUCGCUGGUCGCCCUGAACGACACGGAGACGGGCCAGGAAGGAACGCUGGUCCGCACGCGCAAGAGUUACUACGGCAACGACGUCCAGACGCUGCGCAUUGAGCUGCUCCACGAGACUGACCAGAGACUACGCGUCAGGUUGACUGACCCUGUGGAGAAGCGCUAUGAGGUGCCCAUCGAGGUGCCUGUGGUAAAACACAAGGCCCCAAGCCCCUCCUACAACGUGGAGCUCAGGAAGGACCCCUUUGCCCUCAUCAUCACACGCGCAGACACCGGAGUCAUCCUGUUGAACACGUCCGUCUCUCCGCUGUUUUAUGCGGACCAGUUCCUGCAGUUCUCCGCGUCCCUGCCGUCCCGAUACGUGUUUGGGCUCGGAGAGCACCGCUCCAGCUUCCUGCACAGCGUCCAGUGGAACACCCUGACCAUGUGGGCCAGAGACGUCCCCCCUACGGAGUACACCAACCUGUAUGGCGUUCACCCUUUCUAUCUGUGUAUGGAGUCUGAUGGAUCAGCUCAUGGAUUCUUCCUGCUCAACAGCAAUGCAAUGGAUGUGGUUCUUCAGCCCGCCCCUGCAGUUACCUGGCGCACCAUUGGUGGGAUUCUGGAUUUCUAUGUUUUCACUGGCCCAGACCCGAGCGCUGUAAUUGGACAAUACCUGGAGGUUAUAGGUAGGCCUGCGAUGCCAGUUUACUGGGCCAUGGGCUACCACCUGUGUCGAUGGGGCUACAAAUCCAGCAAUGCAACCUGGGAUGUGGUCAAAACCAUGCGCAAUUAUGGGAUGCCACAGGAUGUCCAGUGGAAUGACAUUGACUACAUGGACGGGACGCGAGACUUCACCUUUGACCCUGUGGCCUUUGCCACGCUGCCCGACCUUGUGAAGGACUUACACCGGCACGACCAGAAAUACGUCAUGAUCCUGGAUCCAGGUAUCAGCAGUACUCAACCAUCUGGAUCCUAUUGGCCCUUUGACGAGGGCAUCAAAAGGGGCGUGUUCAUUAACGAUUCUGAUGGACACACACUCAUUGGCAAGGUGUGGCCUGGUCUGACGGCUUUCCCAGACUUCACUGACCCGGUCACUCAGGAGUGGUGGUUCGAGAACCUACAGAAGUUCCACGCGCUUGUACCUUUUGACGGGCUGUGGAUCGAUAUGAAUGAACCCUCUAACUUUGUGGACGGCUCUCUGAAUGGCUGCCCAGAGACCCCGUUUGAUGCACCUCCAUACACACCUGGUGUUCUUGGUGGGUCCCUCCGCUCUAAGACCAUAUGUGCGUCAGCACGUCAGAAGCUCUCCUCACACUACAACCUGCACAGCCUGUAUGGCCUCAUGGAGGCUAAGGCCUCUUCAAGUGCCCUAGAGAGGAUUGUGGGGAAGCGGCCGUUUGUGAUCUCCCGGUCCACUUUCCCAAGUCAGGGACGCUACUCUGGCCACUGGUUAGGAGACAACAGGAGCCAAUGGAAGGACCUGUACACCUCUAUAGCAGGCAUGUUGACCUUUAACCUCCUGGGCAUUCCGCUGGUGGGGGCGGACAUCUGUGGCUUCUCCGGUCAGACCAACGAGGAGCUGUGUGUGCGCUGGACCCAGCUAGGGGCCUUCUACCCUUUCACCCGCAAUCACAAUGACAUGGACGCACAGGCUCAGGACCCCACUGUGUUUAGUCCGGCGGCUCGGACGGCCAUGAAGGAAGUUCUUCUCCUCCGUUACUCUCUCUUCCCCUUCCUCUACACACUCUUCCACCACGCUCAUGCCAGUGGACACACCGUCGCCAGACCACUGCUGUUUGAGUUCCCCACAGACCGGCACACCUAUGAGAUAGAUAAGCAGUUCCUGUGGGGGAAGAGUUUGCUGGUGACACCAGUGCUGGAGCCAGGAGUGGAAUAUGUGGCAGGCUACUUCCCCAAAGGCCUGUGGUACGAUUACUACACGGGAGACUCUUUGGUGAGUGUUGGGGAGGAGAUUAAGCUUCAGGCACCUCUGGACAAAAUCAACCUUCACCUGAGGGAAGGCAGCAUCAUUCCCACACAGAGACCCAACACCACUCUCUGGGUGAGCAGUGGGCAGCCGAUGCAUCUCAUUGGUGCUCUGUCUGAAGAGGGCGUCGCCGAGGGUGACCUGUUCUGGGAUGAUGGGGAAACCAUGGCAACCUACGAAAACAACCAAUACACCUACAUCCGCUUCCGCGUUGAGAAGGGCACCAUGACCUCAGAGGUGCUGCAGGAAAAUGUGGAGGCUAGCUAUAUCACCGUGGAAACGGUCUCCAUUUAUGGUGUGAAGGCGGAGCCUGAGAGAGUGACUGUGAACUCACAAGAUGCAGAAUUCACCUACCGAGCGAAUCAGGUUCUUACUGUGACAGAGUUGGGUCUGAACUUGAGCAAGAACUUCACCAUCAGUUGGAUGUAGACCUUCGCUCCCGCUGCUCUGGGACUUUCCGGAAUUCCGUUUGGGAAUUCUGUGGAGGGACAAAAGGGAUCCCUCCCCCGCAUCUUCCCCAUGAACUGGCAGAGCGGAGCAUCGUCCAAUCAGAGGCCUCUCUGAUGGGUCACAUGACACAUGACUAUGAAGCCCCUGGGGUGCAACCCAACACUGGCAUCUCUGAUGGUUCUCCUGCUGUUUCAUACAAGGAAAUGUGCAAUUGUGUGUGUGUGUGUGUGCGCGUGUGUGUGUGUGUGUGUGUGUGUGUGUGUGUGCGAUCACCCAACCUCAGCUGUACGAGAAUGUGUGGGUCCUUCGCUACUGAGCUAAAUUGCACUAAUUAUGCGUGCGUGCGUGUGUGUGUGUGUGUGUGUGUGUGUGUGCACUAAUUAUGACUCUUGAUGGUAGUGACGAUAAGCCAACCUGCCUAGGUGCGUGUGCGUGCGCGCAUGUGUGUGUGUGCGUGUGUGUGCGCGUGUGUGUGUGUGUGCGCGCGCGCGCGCGCGUGUGUGUGUGUGUGUGCGCACGUGUGUGUGUGUGUGAGUGAGCCUGUCUGCCAUGCCUGUGCCAAUUGUCCCUCUGUUCUGUUUGAAAGGACAUGUUUACUCUUAUUUACAUGUAAAGUAUAUAAAGUUACCCUUAUUUACAUCACCCUUGUUUUUAAAAUGCAAAUGUAUUUUGGGAGAUUUGAUCACUAGCAGGGAGACUCAUCGCCCUUUACACGUUAAGCUAGCAACGUCACUGUCGCGAGACGUCACUCUAGCACAACUGCUACUGCGCCCGUGCCACGCUUUGGUUCAAGUUCCCACGGGGACGCGAGUUCGAGUCUGACCCGCGUAAUCUCCUGAUCCCACCCCAACUCUCCCACACUCACUUCCUGUCAGCCUCUUCUCCGUCUUGUCCACAUAAAGGCAAAAAGGCCUACAGUAUACUUAGAGCAAGUGAAGAACUGGGACUUGUAGUUUUUAAGGCUUAUUUUAGAGCAAGUAGAGAGAGUAGGAUUUUUAGUUUUUAAGACUGAUAAUGUGGUUGAGAGAAGCAGGCCUUUCUGCGUGGCCUCUGGCUUCAUCAACUAGUGUGAGAUCACAUUGUGUGUGUGUGUGUUUGUGUGUGUAUAAAUAUGGUGUGUUUGCACAAGUGUGUGUGGUUGCGUGCACACGCGUCGGGUUGGUUUUUGUGUUGCCGUUUAUGAAUAAUUGAAUAGCCUAAUCUCCAAAUCCUGCUUAGGUGUGAUUGAUGAUGUCAGUGAUGAUGUACCUUCGCAGAGCUAGAGUGAGCUGCUUGUGUUUUGCUUUAAUCUAUUUGUGUUUCAGCUAAGCUAAUGAAUGACCUGUUUUAAUAAAGACUACUGCACAGAG